AUGAGCACGAACUUUGAGGAUGAGCCUCCUCUACUGGAAGAGCUGGGGAUCGACUUCGACAAGAUCAAGCAGAAGACCAUCUCAGUUCUGAACCCCUUGAAGAAAGUUACUAAGGACAUGAUCUACUCCCCGGGCAACGACGGGGAGCCCAUUGCCGACUCGGACAUGGCAGGGCCGAUUCUGAUUGCUUUGAUGCUGGGAGGGGCGAUGCUGCUGCGGGGCAAGGUUCAUUUCGGUUACAUCUAUGGAGUCGGGCUUGUGGGUUGCGGAUCACUUUGGCUCGUGAUGACGCUCAUGUCACAAAAGGGGUUGGACAUCUAUCAGACGUCGUCUAUUCUGGGGUAUUGUUUGCUUCCAAUGGUCUUGCUAGCCUUCUUCUCGGCCUUCUUCACAGCUACUGGCCAUGUCAUGACCGUUCUGACAGUUGUGACUGUUGCAUGGUGUACUAUGCGAUCAAGUGAUAUGAUGGUUAUUGCUAUGGACGUUCAGAAUGAAAAAGCCCUUGUCGCAUAUCCUAUCGGGCUUUUCUAUGCUUGCUUUGCUCUCAUUUCAGUGUUCUAA